AUGGACAAGACCAGCAAGGCCGACGAGGUUCGGCAGGAGGAGAGCUUCAAGGAGCAGCUGGACCGAAUCGCCAUGCAGAGCAAGCAAGACGGCCAAGAGCAGCAACCAAACACCCUCGUGGAAAAGAUCACCGAAUACAUUCCCGCAGCGUCCAAGAUCCUCGGCGGCGCCAGCAAAGAGCAGCCGCAGCAGACGGCGCAGUCUGGGGUCCCCGGGCCCCCUCACAGACCGGACCACGACGACAAGAUUGAGGAGUUUGUUCGAGACCAGCAUCGCAGCGGCAGGGAGACGGGCGUCCCCAUCGCGGGUGAGGACAACUGA